AUUUCUUUUCUCAUACUCUAUAUAAACAAUGCAAUUUUCUUUGCCACUCAAUUUUGGACAUUUUUUAUAAUAAUAUAAUUUGAAUUUUUUAUUUAAUUUCACAUUAUAUAAAAAAUAUAAUUACUAUUUGUAUAAUAUAAAAAAAUACCCACAACGACUGCAAUUACGGCUAUAAAAUCUGGAGGAAGUAUGAUACUCCGAUUCAAUGAAAGACCGCAUCAGGCACUUAUACAUCAGUCUGUUGGUGCCACUAAUUAGUACUAAAAUAUAAACUAUAAUAAUAUUAUAUAAAUAUCCCUUAUUCCUAUCGGUAAAUUGCAAUCAUUCAAAAAUUAAAAAAAAGGGGGCUUUUCAAUGAAGGUCAUUUAUCUAACCCAUAAGUAAUGCAUUAAUUUUGAGAGAGCGCCACGUGUUCCACUUUUAAGGUAGAAAUGAUAGUACAUUCUAAGGUGCUGCUGCCACACGCCAAAUCACGAGUAAAAUGAUCGAUCAGUCACACUCCUUUUUUUUUUUUUGGCAGCAAUUCUCAGGCUUUGGUUGGAGUCAUUGUCCAAAAAGUUGGGAAAUUAUUUGCGUGAAUUGCGGAAUUCAUCAAAUCAAAUUCCUAAAGAGCUAACUACCUUGAGCAGUCUGUUGGAGGACAUGAUACCUAUAGCUGAAGAUGUUGAGCGACAUCGCGAAAACAUCAUAGUGAAGUCAUGGCUUGAAGCAGUGAAUGGAGUGCUUUUUUAUACUGAAGAUAUAUUUUUGGAGAUAAAGAAAGCCAAUAUAUUCGGGCAAACUGCAGAAGUCCAAUCCAGUGCCAACAAGCCAUGGAAACUCAUCCUUAGUUUGUAUAACAAGAUUUCAAGGUUUAUGCAUUAUUAUCGAGAAAAAGGGAUGGUUUCCAAAGUGAAGUAUAUAACUGUUACGUUAGAAGAAAUUCUUGGUGCAGGAAAGCAGUUAUUAAAAGAAACUCUUGAUGAAAGAACGCAGUCUGGCAUCCAAUACAUAUCAACUACGCUUGGAAAACUCGUGCUUCCGUUGCAGAUUUUGCACACAGAUGUCCGAACUUAUUUAGGUAAAUUGCGGAAUUCAUCAAAUCAAAUUCCUACAGAGCUAAUUAAGUUGAGAAGUGUGUUGGAGGACACGAUGCCUGUAGUUGAAGAUGCUGAGCGAUAUCGCGAGAACAUCAUGGUGAAGUUAUGGCUUGCCGAAAUGGUGGAAGUGCUUUUGUAUACUGCGGAUAUAUUUUCGGAGAUAGAGCAUGCCAACAUAUUCGGACAAACUGCAGAAGUCCAAUCCAGUGCCAACAAGCCAUGGAAACUCAUCCUUAAUUUGUUUAACAAGAUUUCAAGGUUUAUGCAUUAUUAUCGAGAAAAAUGGAUGGUUUUCAAAUUGAAGUAUAGAACUGCUGAAAUAAAAGAAAAUCUUGAUGAAGGAAAGCAGUUAUUAAAAGAAAUUCCUGAUGAAGGAACGCAGUUUGGCCCCCAGAACAGAUCAACUACGCCUGAUCGAAAUAAUCUUGAAAGGAAGCCAUCAGCAAACGCCAUGCUUGACGCUAUGGGGAACUAUGGGAAAGCAAGAAACUUAUUUAAAAGAAAUCCAGCUCAUGCAAUAUCUACAACAUUUGAAAAUGGGCAAACUGCUCUUCACGUUGCAAUUGCUGCUGGUCAGCUAAGGAUUGCUAAGGAAUUGAUCACUAUUACUAGUCGUGAAGAAAACAGUCACUACUUGAGGAUAAAAGAUAAGAGUGGCAACACAGCUCUUUCCUUUGCUGCUCAUAGGGGAAUGAUGGAAAUUGCAAAGUGCUUGAUUGAAAAGGACAAGAACUUGCUUACUAUCCCAAAUGGCGACGAUAAGCUCCCGGUUCAAUUGGCUUGCAGGGCAGGCCAUGAGGACAUGACUCGCUACCUCUACUGCGAGACCCCGAGACAAUGUCUAAGGGGAGACAAUGGCUUCUACCUCCUCGAAGAGUGUAUAAAUAAGAAAAUGUUUGAUAUUGCACUCAAUCUCCUCCACCGCUUUCCAAAGUUUGCAGUAUAUAGAAUCUUUAAGAAGAAUACUAAUCCGAUCAUUUUAACUCUUGCUCAAACACUAUCACCAUUUGUUAGAGGAGAUCAGCUAGCAUUUUGGAGACGAUGGAUAUAUAACUGUACAAGAGCGAAGGUGGAUAAACGAGGGCUUCUAUCUGAUGUUGUUGCCAUUGUUGUAGCUCAACGAAGAGCAAAGAAAAUAUAUGAUGUAAAGUUGAUGGAUGCAAUUGCCCGUGAGAUUUUAUGUUUUAUAAGUCGGCGAUUAUCAGCUUUGGAUGGGAAUGAAUUUGAGCAAAGUGGAGCAGUGGAAGCAACAUUUCAAGCUAUCAAGAAUGGCCUCCCUGAGAUUGUAAUUGAAAUUGCAAAAGUUAAUACAAAUAUAUUAUGGAACCGUAAAGAUCCUGAAGAUUCAAUGAACAUGUUGGAAUGUGCCAUAGCACAUCGUCAAGAAGAAGUGGCACAAUUUCUUUAUGAACUGAAAGCAAGAACUAGUACAAAUAUAGAUUUUACCCACAAUCGAGAUGGAAACAGUUUAUUACAUUUAGCAGCAAAGUUAGAUCCUCGUUCUAAGCUUGAUCACAUCUCAGGUGCAGCUCGGUUGCAAAGUGAGCUACGCUGGUUCAAUGUAAGCAUCUCAUGCUUUUAAAUGUUCUGUCAAUUAAUAAAUUU